UGAUGACGUUGUUUCCUGUUUGGCUCUAGCCGUGGCGGGAGUUUGCAACAUGGCGGUGCAGCCGAAGCAGAACCUGUCGAUGGACAGCGCAGCCGAGCAUGGCUUCCUCAGCUUCUUCUUCUCCAUGCCGGAGAAACCGGACAGCACCUUCCGCAUCUUCGACCGGAGCGACUAUUACACCGUGCACGGCAAGGACGCGCUGUUCGCCGCCAAGGAGGUUUUCAAGACCAACGGGGUCAUCAAACACCUGGGCUCGGGGAGCCGCAAGCUGGAGAGUGUCGUCCUGAGCAAGCUGAACUUCGAGGCUUUUGUGAGAGACUUGCUGCUGGUGAGGCAGUACAGAGUGGAGGUGUACAAGAACCACAGCAAGAGCAGUAAAGAGCACGACUGGAAGCUCGAGUACAAGGCAUCUCCGGGAAACCUGACUCAGUUUGAGGAGGUUCUGUUUGGGAGCGGCGCUGGAGCAGAGGGCUGUGCCGGGGUCGUGGCUGUACGCUUGGCGACGGGGGCUGACGGGCAGCGUGUGGUGGGUGUGGGCUAUGUGGACGCAGCCCAGAGGAUCAUGGGAGUGUGUGAGUUCCCCGACAGUGAGAUCUUCUCCAACCUGGAGUCCUUGCUUGUCCAAAUCAGCCCUAAGGAGUGUCUCUUGGCCCACGGAGAUGCCAGCGGUGACACUGCUAAACUGCGUGAGGUGGUGCAGCGUGGUGGCAUGCUGGUCUCUGACAGGAAGAAGACCGAGUUCAGCAGUAAGGACAUGGUCCAGGAUCUCAACAGGCUGUUGAGGGCUAAGAGAGGAGAAACUGUGGCCAGCAACACCCUGCCAGAGCUGGACAAACAGGUGGCGAUGUCGUGCUUGGCCGCCGUGGUGCGUUUCCUGGAGCUGCUCUCUGACGAGUCCAACUUCAACUCCUUCAGUCUGACCACGCUGGACCUGGGUCAGUACAUGCGGCUGGACAACGCUGCCGUGCAGGCGCUUAACCUCUUCCAGGGAUCGCCUGACGACACCAGCGGAGCUCAUUCAUUGGCUGGGCUGCUGAACAAGUGCCGCACCCCACAGGGCCAGCGGCUGGUCAACCAGUGGAUCAAACAGCCACUAAUGGACAAGACCAAAAUAGAGGAGAGGCUGGACCUGGUGGAGAGUUUUGUGUGCGACUCGGAGCUUCGACAGACCUGCCAGGAGGAUUUGCUGCGGCGGUUUCCAGACCUCCACCGCCUGGCCAAGAAGUUCCACCGUCACUCUGCAACACUGCAGGACUGCUACCGGGUCUACCAAGCUGUCGGCCAGAUCCCCGCCCUCAUCACAGCCCUGGAGAGAUACUCAGGCAGUUACCAGGUUCUGCUGGAGGCAGUGUUCAUCUCUCCUUUAAGGGAUCUCCAGACCGACUUCACCAAGUACCAGGAGAUGAUCGAGACCACCCUUGACAUGAACCAGGUUGAUCACCAUGAGUUCCUGGUGAAGGCGUCGUUUGACCCGGUGUUGACUGAGCUCAGAGAGAACAUGGACACUCUGGAGAAGAGCAUGCAGACAGUGCUCAACAGUGCAGCACGAGAACUAGGUCUGGAUGCCGGUAAGACGGUGAAGCUGGAGUCUAACGCCAUGCUGGGCUACUUCCUGAGGGUCACCUGCAAGGAGGAGAAGAGCCUGAGGAACAACAAGAAAUUCACAACACUGGACGUGCAGAAGAACGGAGUGCGCUUCACAAACAGCAAGCUGAGCUCUCUGAAUGAGGAGUACACAAAGAGCAGGGAGGAGUACGAGGAGGCGCAGAACGCCAUCGUCAAAGAGAUCAUCAGCAUCGCCUCAGGCUACGUGGACCCCCUCCAGACGCUGAGCGACGUGAUCGCCCAGCUGGACGCGGUGGUGAGCUUCGCCGUGGCGUCCGUCUCUGCCCCGGUGCCUUACGUCCGCCCUCGCCUGCUGGAGGAUGGCUGUCGGCGUUUGGAGCUGCUGCAGGCCAGGCAUCCCUGCAUGGAGACGGACGCCGACACCGCCUUCAUCCCCAACAACAUCAGCUUCACCCACGGAGAGAGGAGCUUCUACAUCAUAACAGGUCCAAACAUGGGCGGCAAGUCCACGUUUAUCCGACAGGUGGGCGUGAUCGCUCUGAUGGCUCAGAUUGGCUGCUUUGUGCCGUGUGAGAAGGCGGAGCUUAGCGUGAUUGACAGCGUGCUGGCCAGGGUGGGAGCCGGAGACAGCCAGGUGAAAGGAGUGUCCACCUUCAUGUCCGAGAUGCUGGAGACGGCCGCCAUUCUGCGGUCGGCCACGGAGAAGUCGCUCAUCAUCAUCGACGAGCUGGGCAGAGGCACGUCCACGUACGACGGCUUCGGCCUGGCCUGGGCCAUCAGCGAACACAUCGCCUCCAAGGUCGGCUGCUUCUGCCUGUUCGCCACUCACUUCCAUGAGCUGACGGCGCUGGCCGCACAGCAGCACGCCGUCCACAACCUGCACGUGACGGCCCUGACCUCCCACAACACACUCACCAUGCUGUACAGGGUCAAGCCAGGUGUGUGUGACCAGAGUUUUGGAAUCCACGUCGCCGAGUUGGCUUGCUUUCCGCCGUCGGUGGUUGCCAUGGCGAAGGAGAAGGCCGAGGAGCUCGAGGAGUUCCAGGAGCCGGCAGGGGAGAGGUCGGAGCAGGGGGAGGGGCCUGAGGCCAAGAGACGGCGCACAGACAAACAGGUGGGCGAGAGUCUGAUCCAGGACUUCCUGGAGAGGGUGAAGUCACUUCCUGCUGCCACGCUGACUGAAGAAGAGGUGAAGACGCAGCUCAGGAGGAUGAAGGAGGAGUUGGUCGCUAAAAAUAACAGUUACAUCACGGAGAUCCUGGCACGCUGUGUUCCUGCACAGACUGCCUGAGUCGGACACACACACACACACACACUAAUAUGCAGCACAGUUCAAAGUUCAUGUGAGGUAGAGAGCCUGAAAUCUUAGUUUUAUACAUUUCUUUUUCAAUAAAGACUUAUCCCUGGA